AUGUGCCUUAAAUGGAUAUCAAAAUCAAAGUCUAAGGGGGCCCUUCGCAAGGUAAAUCUGAGUGCUAAUUGGAGUCCUCCUCCAGCAACAACAUACAAGUGGAACACCGAUGCCUCGCUUGAUCCAAUUAACCACCAAAGUGCAAUAGGUGGGGUUUUGCGCAAUGAUCAAGGGAAUUUUCUAUGUGUAUUCUCCUCUCCAAUCCCACCAAUGGAGAUUAAUUCAGCCGAAGUCUAUGCAAUUUUCCGAGCGGUGAAGAUUUCCUUAUCGAAUCCACGAAUUAGCUCUUGCUCAAUCAUCCUUGAAUCAGAUUCUUUCAAUGCCGUAAAAUGGUGCAACUCAAAUCAGGGAGGACCUUGGAACCUUGACUUCAUGCUGAACUUCAUCCGUAACUCCAUACAUUCCAAACUGAAAGCAAAAAUAAUUCACAAGCACCGAGAAUCAAAUGCCGUAGCUGAUGUUUUAGCAAAACAAGGACUCCGUAGGGAGAAUGAAUUCCUUGCUUGGAUGUAA